AUGAGCCCAUUGCGUCUCCGUCAUCCGGGUGGCGUCACCACCAUUCAAAUCGACAUCGGCAAUGCAACUGUCCAGGACUUGCAGCAGGAGGUGUACCGAGCUACGAAUAUACUGCCGUCGCUGCAAGACCUGAGGACUGGGUAUCCGCCGCGCAGCCUGGAGAUCAUCCCGGAGCUGCCCGCCGAUAGCCUCGGAUUGAAGGCUGGCGAUCAGCUUAUCGUGAACACGAAGGCAGGGAGCGUGUCUACCGCAGUCGGGGGCGCAGUAGCGUCUGCGCCUCCUUCUCAGCCCUUUGGAACCCCUGUACCGCCAGCCGCAGCGGCACCGCAGCCAAGGUCCACACCUCUGGGGCGGCCACCCAAAGCAGCUUCUCCGGAUUUCGUGGAGACAGAAGGUGGCGCCCUAAUUGUGCCGGAUGACAACUCGUGUCUUUUCUCGUCCGUCGCGUUGGUUUUCAGGCAGGAUAUCGGGAAAGCGUCGGAGAUGCGGCAGCUGGCGGCCGAAGGUAUACGUGGAGAUCCGGAGACGUUCAAUGAAGCCAUCCUCGGCCGAUCUCAGUCCGAAUACAUCGCUACCAUUUUGAAACCCUCCACAUGGGGAGGUGCAAUCGAGCUUUCCGUGUUCGCGAAGAUGUUCGCAACCGAAAUCGAUUCCGUGGACGUUGAAACGGGGAGGAUUGACCAGUUCACGCCUCCGCCCGAAACGAACACGGGCAACCGAUGCAUCCUGAUCUACUCGGGUAUUCACUAUGAUGCAGCUUCCCUGGCUCCAGCACCAGACGCGCCGGGGGAGUUUCACCAGACUGUGUUUCCCGUGAUUGCAUCUGGCGACUCCGAUCCGAUCUUAGUAGCUGCAAAGAAACUGGCUGACAAGCUACGAGCGAAGAAGGCGUACACGAACACCUCGACCUUCGACUUGAAAUGCGAGGUCAGACUCAGGGGAGAGAAGGAAGCCCGCGCACAUGCCGCGGAGACCGGCCACACCAGCUUCGGCGAGUAUUGA